CGGAAGUUUGUCUAGCCACGCGGCGUCUCCAUGGUAGGUGGGCGGGCCUAGGGGAAAGAUGGCGGCGCCCGCAGACGGAGCUGAGGCACAGGCUUCUGGGGGCCCUCGGCCCCCAGUGUGUCUCUUGGUGUUGGGAAUGGCAGGAUCCGGGAAGACCACCUUUGUGCAGAGGCUCACGGGACACCUGCAUAGCCAAGGCUCUCCACCUUAUGUGAUCAACCUGGACCCAGCUGUACAUGAAGUUCCCUUUCCUGCUAAUAUUGAUAUUCGUGACACUGUGAAGUAUAAAGAAGUCAUGAAGCAAUAUGGACUUGGGCCCAAUGGUGGCAUAGUGACCUCACUCAAUCUUUUUGCUACCAGGUUUGAUCAGGUGAUGAAAUUUAUCGAGAAGGCCCAAAGCAUGUCUAAAUAUGUCCUGAUUGACACACCUGGACAGAUUGAGGUAUUCACCUGGUCAGCUUCUGGAACAAUCAUCACUGAGGCCCUGGCAUCCUCAUUUCCAACAGUUGUCAUCUAUGUAAUGGACACAUCUCGAAGUACCAACCCAGUGACCUUUAUGUCCAACAUGCUGUAUGCCUGCAGCAUCUUGUACAAAACCAAGCUGCCUUUCAUUGUGGUCAUGAAUAAAACCGACAUCAUUGAUCACAGCUUUGCAGUGGAAUGGAUGCAGGAUUUUGAGGCUUUCCAAGAUGCCUUGAAUCAAGAGACUACAUACGUCAGUAACCUGACCCGUUCAAUGAGCCUGGUGUUAGAUGAGUUUUACAGCUCACUCAGGGUAGUAGGUGUAUCUGCUGUUCUGGGUACCGGCUUAGAUGAAUUCUUUGUGCAAGUCACCAGUGCUGCAGAAGAAUAUGAAAGGGAAUAUCGUCCUGAAUAUGAACGUCUGAAGAAAUCGUUGGCUAGUGCACAGAGCCAACAUCAGAAAGAACAACUGGAACGACUUCGGAAGGAUAUGGGCUCUGUAGCUUUGGACACAGGCACUGCCAAAGACAGCUUAUCUCCUGUACUGGACCCUUCUGAUUUGAUCCUGACUCGAGGAACCUUGGAUGAAGAGGAUGAGGAAGCAGACAGUGAUACUGAUGAUAUUGACCACAAAGUUACAGAGGAAAGCCAGGAAGAGCCAGCAUUCCAGAAUUUUAUGCAAGAAUCAAUGGCACAGUAUUGGAAGAGAAACGACAAAUAGGAGACUUUAGGACACUUCACUUGUUCUUAGAAGUUCAAAAUUUUGGAACACCAUGUAAAGGAACUACUAUCCUCACCUCUGACUGGGGGCUACUUUAUAAAGGAGAAUUUUCUUCAGAAUAGCAGUUUGUCUUAUUAGAGACAUCUCAUGACUAAGAUGAAGUCAGGGAUAGAAGACCUUUGGAUGUGGCAGGUAGAUGCUGAUUCUUCUUUGGCCUUUCCCUUGUAUUUAUGCAGGAAUGGAUAUAUUGACUGUUCUUGGAAGCUGAUAUCCCUUCAAGCCUAAGACUUCAAGUUUUAUUAUUUGAACUCGAAUACUUUUGCUACUGAUGGACGCAAUAGAGAGAGAGAACUUAGUCUCUUGGUGACCGCUUCAAAUCUUUUAUUAGGCUAGAUCUAUUGCCUCUACUUCCCAGCAUCUUGCCCUCAACUCUUUAGUGUAAGUUGCUUGUUUAGCAGAAAGGAAGAGGGGAGACAUGAACUUGUCCAAAGUGGCAGUGAUGUCUCCUUGGCAACCAGUCAACGUUGGUAUGAAGUCUGCCUCACACUGGAUAGCUCGUUAUAGGACACUCAGUUUGCUGAAGAAAGUGGGCAAACCAUGAUUAAUGAAUAAGAAUUCCUGUUUCAUUGGUGACUUGGAUGAAGAGUUUUUAAUUUUAA